GGACGGUGGGCAGGAAGAGUGCGCGCGUGUGAGCGAUAGAGAGAGGCGCAUUGAUCGCUCCCGGAGCGCAGACACAGCACAAGGUCCAGCGGAAUGCGCUUCUAAUGCUGGGCCACGGUCAGAACCAAGGCCAUCUUCACCGCAGAACACACACCGAACGGCAGCAACAGCGGCCCCGCCCGAACCCAGAGACCGGGCUGGAUCCAGGCGGCGAGCGGAAGGACGGUGGAUUGAAAACAGCAGGGCGGCUCAACGCGGGUGCACGCGCGCUUUAGAAGAGCGAGAGAGCGCACGCGCGCGCGACUGAGAGUGAGUGAGAGAGAGAGACACUGCCCGUGCGUUCGGAGCCAUGAGAGAAUACAAAGUGGUCGUGUUGGGAUCCGGCGGCGUGGGAAAAUCGGCGCUGACCGUGCAGUUCGUCACCGGAUCCUUCAUCGAGAAGUACGACCCGACGAUAGAGGACUUCUACCGCAAGGAGAUCGAGGUGGACUCGUCGCCGUCGGUGCUGGAGAUUCUAGACACGGCGGGCACCGAGCAGUUCGCCUCCAUGCGCGAUCUGUACAUCAAGAACGGCCAGGGCUUCAUCCUCGUUUACAGUCUGGUCAACCAGCAGAGCUUCCAAGACAUCAAGCCCAUGCGGGACCAGAUCAUUCGCGUCAAACGGUACGAGCGCGUGCCCAUGAUCCUGGUGGGCAAUAAGGUGGAUCUGGAGGGAGAGAGGGAAGUCUCUUCCGGGGAAGGCAAAGCCCUGGCAGACGAGUGGAACUGCCCGUUCAUGGAAACUUCGGCCAAAAAUAAAGGUUCAGUGGACGAAUUGUUCGCGGAGAUCGUCAGACAAAUGAACUACGCCUCUGCGCCGAACGGAGACGACCAGUGCUGCUCGUCCUGCGUGAUUCUUUAAAAACGAGCGCGAUUUCUAGUUUCUCGUUCGCGUUUGUUGCCAUGGUGUGUUGCAGGAUUUCUGUACUGUUGAGCUACGUGUCUCCUCAAGAGGAGGAAGAGGAGGAAAACCCUGGAAUAGUGGAUAACUCUUCAGGAAUUGCAGCACACCAUUGAUGUCAACACAAGUGGCUUUGCACUCACAACUGGAACUUCUUAAACCCCAAAAACGUGGAAAUCUGAGACACACGGGAGGAGUUUAAAAUGGCUAUAUUUUGCUCACUGCACAUGGGCGACAAAGCUUGUGGACUUGUUGUGAAUCGUUCGAAGUAUCGCUUUUCGUUUGCCGGUGGGUGACGUCACAAAUGAAACCACUUUCACGUGCCACUCCCCCCCCCACCCACCGCACGAGGACUUUACUGUUUUGACGCGAGGAUGUCGGAGAUUACGUUGUUGCGUCGAGUGCCUUCCAAAAAGCUGUUCAAGAGUUUAGUGCCAACCUGCAAGGAGUCUGAGUUCAUGGCAAUCCACACAGUACUUAACUGUUACACUUGCUAAUCGUUUCGGGGGUUAACAACGUUUAAAAGGCCUAUUGUCAGUGGAACGGCAGUUCUCUUGUUUUUUUUUUUGUUUUUGUUUUUUUGGCCUUUGAAAAAUCUUUUUGGCUUUUUUCUUCAAUACACAGGUACUGGUGCCCCCAGACUCAAACCACAAACCACUGUCUGUUUGAAAUCAGAUCUUUUGUUAUUUUGUUUUUAACAAAUGUGAUGUACCAUUGAAAUUCUAAUCCGAUUGUACGUUUAAUUUCAGACUAGCAUUUUAACAGCUGUCUGAUUGUUUUAAAGAGACUUUUAAUACAUGCAUUUUUAAAAAAAAAAAGUCAUGCACAGUGUUUGUUUGCCCUCCUUUCAUUUGAGAAGUGUGUGUAAUG